AUGUCGCAGUCCUCAACGGCCAAUCAAGGAUCAAAAGCUAAAGAUCUUCCUUGUAUAUUUCUUGAUCUAGUUCGUUAUUACAGUGAUCAAGGUUUAAACGUUUGUGGUAUGCCGAAAUCAGAACAUUGGAGAAAUGCUAAUGCACCAGCGGCGGCUAGAAAGCUUGAAGCGUUUCAAGAUCUUAUACCGGAGCUUAGAGAUCAACAAUUUUCUCAAUUUUCUAUUUGUGUAAACCACUAUAAUCAAGUCAUAGCUAAUGAUAAUUUUUAUCAACAUCUUUUAGAUAGUUCUAGUAGAAUACCUCAACUUGAUGUUAGCUCCAACACUGAUGAAGCGGUUGUCGACGAUGUAUCACGCCAUUUAUUCGAGUUUGAAAGAGUUGCAGAACAUAAUAGAUAUGUAAUUACAGAGUUACAACGGCAAGUGCAGAAUAAAAACAGGGUAAUAUCCAGGUUAAAUGAACGACUUGAAGAAUGCCAUAGAAUGAUCUCUCAAUUAGAAGAGUUAUAUCAAGAACAGUAUGAAGCAUAUCAAAGACAGCAACUAACUGAACAGUGGAAUUCUCGUUAUGACAAUCAGCAUAAGCGUAUCCAGGCCGUCAUCGAUAUUGCACUAAUUGAACGAGAAUCGUUAUAUAAUGAU